CACGGCGGGCAGCGUAGUCUCUGGAGAUCCUGCUGGAGGCAGAGGCGGUGGAGUGCGGACUGGGCGGGCCAGCUUCGCUGGGGCAGCGCGGCCGUGGGCAUGGGGGGCUUGAAAGACGAACUGCUCAAAGCCAUCUGGCACGCCUUCACCGCGCUGGACCUGGACCGCAGCGGCAAGGUCUCCAAGUCGCAACUCAAGGUCCUUUCCCACAACCUGUGCACGGUGCUGAAGGUCCCACACGACCCCGUGGCCCUUGAGGAACACUUCAGAGACGAUGAUGAGGGGCCCGUCUCCAAUCAGGGCUACAUGCCAUAUUUAAACAAGUUCAUUCUGGAAAAGGUCCAAGACAACUUUGACAAGAUUGAAUUCAACAGAAUGUGUUGGACCCUCUGUGUCAAGAAGAACCUCACAAAGAAUCCGCUACUCAUUACGGAGGAUGAUGCAUUUAAAGUGUGGGUCAUUUUCAACUUUCUGUCCGAGGACAAGUAUCCACUAAUUAUUGUGCCAGAAGAGAUUGAAUACCUGCUUAAGAAACUUACAGAGGCUAUGGGAGGAGGCUGGCAACAAGAAGAAUUUGAACAUUACAAAAUAGGCUUCGAGGACAGUAAAGAUGGCCUUUCUGCAUGGGAGCUGAUUGAGCUAAUUGGGAAUGGACAAUUUAGCAAGGGCAUGGAUCGUCAGACGGUGUCUAUGGCCGUUAAUGAAGUCUUCAACGAGCUCAUUUUAGAUGUAUUGAAACAGGGUUACAUGAUGAAAAAAGGCCACAAACGGAAAAACUGGACCGAGCGCUGGUUUGUAUUAAAACCGAACAUAAUUUCCUACUAUGUGAGCGAGGAUCUGAAAGACAAGAAAGGAGACAUCCUCCUGGAUGAAAACUGCUGUGUAGAGUCUCUGCCUGACAAAGACGGAAAGAAAUGCCUUUUUCUAAUAAAAUGCUUUGAUAAGACCUUUGAAAUCAGUGCCUCGGAUAAGAAGAAGAAACAAGAGUGGAUUCAGGCCAUCCAUUCUACCAUCCAUCUCCUGAAGCUGGGCAGCCCCCCACCACACAAGGAGGCCCGCCAGCGUCGGAAAGAGCUCCGGAGGAAGCUGCUGGCAGAGCAGGAGGAGCUGGAGAGGCAGAUGAAGGAGCUCCAGGCCGCCAACGAAAACAAACAACAGGAGCUGGAGAGCGUGAGGAAGAAACUGGAGGAGGCAGCAUCUCGGGCUGCAGAUGAGGAGAAGAAACGUCUGCAGACUCAAGUAGAGCUCCAGACCAGGUUCAGCACGGAGCUGGAGCGGGAGAAGCUGAUCAGGCAGCAGAUGGAGGAGCAGGUUGCCCAGAAGUCCUCCGAACUGGAGCAGUAUCUGCAGCGAGUCCGGGAGCUGGAAGACAUGUACCUAAAGCUGCAGGAAGCCCUGGAGGACGAGAGGCAGGCCCGGCAGGACGAGGAGACUGUGCGCAAGCUUCAGGCCAGGUUGUUGGAAGAGGAAUCUUCGAAAAGGGCAGAACUGGAGAAGUGGCAUGUGGCACAGCAGCAGGCCAUUCAGACUACGGAGGCCGAGAAGCAGGCGCUGGAACAGCAGCGGGUCGUGAAGGAGCAGGCUCUGCAGGAGGCCAUGGCACAGCUGGCACAGCUGGAGCUGGAGCGGAAGCAGGCGCUGGAGCAGUAUGAGGGAGUUAAAAAGAAGCUAGAGAUGGCAACAAACACGACCAAGAGCUGGAAAGACAAAGUGGCCCAUCACGAAGGAUUAAUACGAUUGAUAGAACCAGGUUCGAAGAACCCUCACCUGAUCACCAACUGGGGACCCGCAGCCUUCACCCAGGCGGAGCUUGAGGAGAGAGAGAAGAGCUGGAAAGAGAAGAAGACCACAGAGUGACAGCCCUCCCAGUGGCCACCCCAGUCAGUCACAGUCAAGAGCUUCCUGCCUGGGACAAGGACACUGGCUUUGCUGCUUCUGGUCUUCCCUCAGCGCUCCAGCGGGGCCCGUGUGCUAAGGAGGCCAUAUUUACCUUCUAGCGUGUCUUAUGUCUCAGCUUUCCUGGGCGUGAAUGUAGGCACAGGGGUGGCUGGGGCCACCUUCACAGUCACCUUCUGCAGCCUUCGCAGCCUCUCGUCUCAGCCCUUCUUUGGAUGGGAGGUCACCUCCUCAGGCAGCAUAUUCCCUCCGCUGAUUGGCUCGUAGGCUUGUCUUUCCGCGUCAGGUGACGUGGCAAGCCUUCAUUUGUUGGU